UUUAUGUGCAGCGGUCGGUUAAGUUAGCUCAGUUUGACUGAGUUUUAGGGAAUAUAUUUUACAUUUUGCCCGUUUUAGGGCGAUUUACACGUUUUUAAAUGCGACAUACAUGAUUUUUAUGUUUAUACGAGAGUCCCUUUUGUCCUUUGUGAGGCUGUGUUUUAAAUUAUUCCACACCUUUUGAGUGGCGAAUCGGCGGCGUUGUUGCUGUAUCAGCCGGUAAGGAGCGAAUUUUGAAUUUUAGCAGUUACGUUAACGUUAACGAUAAACAGGACUUCAGCAUGGACAGCGUUGAGGCUGUAGGCAGCCGGACCCCGCUGGGCACCCUCACUCCAUCCCAGCAGAACAGUGAAACUGAUUUCUCAAAGCUCACCCCGUCUCACUUUGGCAUAUCAACAGACAGCUUUUUAACCUUCUCCAAGGAAAAAGAUAAAUCCAGAGUAGCACAACUAAAAGCAAGACGGCGGUCCACUAUCGGACUAAGGGGGUCACCUGAAACUAAUUCCCUGAUCUGCUUCAGAGCCAAGGCGGCCAUGAAAACACCGCCGCGGACACCACAGAACAUUCUGGCGAGCCCGCUGUUUACAGGCUGUGACUCCAUAAAGCAGAAGAUGGCCGCCUUCCAACGGCUGAUGGGAGAUGAUGAGGAGAAUUCAGAACAAUCUGCUUCGCUGAUGACGAAGGAGAAGCAGGGAGAGGGAGGCGUGGGAGGCAGUUUGUCAAAAGACGUCCAGUCUGGUACUGAAAACUGUUCAGAAGAGAGGCAGGAUCGUAUAACCCCAAGCAGACGCUGCCCUACUGCAACACCACCUCCAUCUAAGAAACGCCGCAGGGUCCCGCUUGGCUUGUGUGAGGAAGAAAUUCAGGAAGAACCAUUUUCUGAGCUCCAGAAUAUGCCGACGCAGGAGCCAGGGGUGUUCAAAAGCCUGGAGCUGAAACUGGGGCUGGGUUCUGACUCGCAGUCUCAGCUUAUGUCUUUCCCCAUGCUGUCAAAGCCUGAGGUUAUCAGAACAGAUGACUUUGAGGUUUCUUCCGUGUCCAAGAAGAAGCGUGUUCGUUUCGGUGCACCCCUGUCUCCUGAGUUUUUUGACAAGACCCUUCCUCCCAGCACCCCACUACAGAAAGGAGCCACCCCUGUUCGCCCCCCAUCCUCAACAGGACGCAAAUCACUUCUUAAAACGCCCCAAAGAUUCGACCCCCCUCUCCCACAGCCAGACUUCAACAGCCCAAGAAAUAAUGGAGCCUCUCCUGUCCUCUCUGUGUCCAGAAGAUGCAGGUCUAGACAGGUGGAGAGUGAUGAUGUGUUCCUGGACAGUGAAAAGAUCACUUUCCCCAUUAUGGAAGACGAAUUUGAUAACCCACCAGAUGACAGCAAAGACACUGCCUUGGCUGAAGGCCCCGAGCUGACACUGCACCAUGAACCACCAACUGCAGGCACUGAACUUAUGAACACUGGUUUCCGAGAGGAAGAGGAUCUGUUCCCUUUUACCGCUGAUCAUUCUGUAGCUCUCCCAGCAGAAGUAGAGGCAGAGGCUGAGCCUGACCUUGAGCUACCAGAAAGUCAACAAGAACAACAGCCGGAGUCUCCUGCGUCCACGGUUGAAGCGCCUCGCUCUCGCGGCAGAAAGAGAAAGCAACCAGCAGAGAGAGAGAACCAGACCGAGACCAAGAGGAGCUCUCGCACAGCUGCAGCGUCUGACAAAGGGAAGAUGAAGCAACCAGCAGAGAACGAGACAGAGAUCAGGAGGAGCUCUCGCACAGCUGCAGCGUCUGCCAAAGGGAAGAUGAAGACGACUGCAGCGAAGAAGCGGUUUGGGAGCAAGGAAGUCGACCGGUCGCUCUACGGGAAGAGAGAUUAUGCUUCCAAAAACCCUUUACUCAGCCCCAUUCCCGAGUCUGCAGCCUCCAGCUUAAAAAACACCCCAACACAUCCCCAUCCAGAUGCAAAGUCAGACUCCAGUCAAACUACAGCUCCCAACAGUCCCCACAGAAAGACUGAUUCCUCUGAUGCAACAGCUGAUCUGUUGGCUGCAGCUGCCCGGUGGCGCCAGCGCUUCUUACAGCAACCCAGUAGGAGCAGCUCUGCCACUGAGGUUGAACACGCAACUGUUGAAGACGAUUCAGCCAGCGAAUUAGAAGCUGAUCCAGCAUCUGCGGAUGCAUCUGGUAAUACAGCAGCAGACACAGGUAGGGCCAGUUCAGGUACUAAGGCUCCUAGAGCCAGACGAAGCUCCGGCAGGCCUGCGGGUCGUCGCCGUAGUGGGAAUACUGCAAGGGCAAAAAGGCUCAGCAGCGCUCAUGAGUCCGAAACGGAGGGAGCAAUAGACGAAGAGCAAACUGGACAAACCAGAGACACAGCAGGACCUCCGACUGAGUCUGCAGUUGGAGAUCAGACGAGGCACGAAAACAGUCAGUCAGAAUCUUCUGAGACUUUGGUCAGGUGUGAAUCUGUCCAAGAAGAAGAUAACGGUCAUCCUGUUACUGCAGAACACAGUGGAGACUCAGCUAUUGAUGGGAAAUUGCACCGGUACAAAGAUGAGGAGCCUGAGCUGGCGGCUCCAAAUGGAAGGAAGCAGGCUCGGAAAAGCCCUCGUGUAAAAUCUACUGCUGUGACGGACGUAAUGGAGGAGGAAGAACCAUGUCAGCAUCCAUUAGAGACAAACCUGUCAGGAGACGAGAAAGAAGAAGGCAAAGGAGGCCAGGAGCUGACCGAAUCUUCAUUGGCAGGGGGAGAGAGCGAGUUUAGCUCAGUGGAGACAUUGGGAGGUCAAAACGAACCUGUCUUAGAGCCCUGGCAGCAGGCCAAUUUCAAUAUCGAAGACAUCCUGAGGCCUGUGGUUAAGAGCCGGAAGUCAGUACGUCGCAGCCUCAGAAACCGCAGGAGCAUGGACGUCCAGGCCAGCGGACUAGCCUGGGUGGACCACACGUCCCCAGAGCUAAUCACAGCCAGUCGCAGGAGGACACGCAGCAGACUGAGCGCCGUGUCCCAACCCCCUACCUUUCUAGACACUGAGGAAGCACAAGCAAACCAGGGAGAAUAACACGCUCAGGACUGUAAGGCAGUUUUAUAACCAUGUAAAAUCUUUUGUAAAGGUAAUUUUUAUUUGGCUUUUUAAGUGGCUGUUAGAUCAUAAUGGCAUAGUUAUUUUGAACUGAAAACAACUUGUUCUGCUAAUCAAUAAAUGGCCUGUUAAUUGAAAAAUCACUUUUCUUAUACAAUAUGCAGUUUACUGGAGUUUUUCUGCUUAUUAAAUCUUCUGUAAA